CCCGGUGAGGGAAACGGAGGCGCCAUAGCCACGGUAGUCGUGGCGACCAAGCAACCCAGCAACGCCAGUCAACAACAACAACUGCGGCCGCCCCACCCCCACCCCCAUGCCCCCGGCCCGGCCUGGGGACCCCGGCGCGCUCGGUCCCCUCUGCACAGCGCCCACGCACCUCCUCAAAGCCUUCCGCGGACACAAGUGCGGAGAAGCCGAGGAAGAGGAAAACCGCCUUAUUUAUUAUCAUUCACUGUUGGCAUGGCAACACAGUCCUAUGUUACUGAGCUACAGGCAGCCCCACAAGCAUCCCAGCCGCCACAGGCCCCACCCCAGGCCCUGCCCCAGCCACCACCCCCAGCAGCACCCCAGCCUCCUGCUGCAGCAACCCCCCAGCCCCAGUAUGUCAGCGAGCUGCAAAGCCCCCAGCCCCAGACGCAGCCUCCGGGCAGCCAGAAGCAGUAUGUGGCAGAGCUCCCGGCUGCCCCCGCACCCUCCCAGCCUGCCACACCUGCCCCGUCCCCUGUGGCUCAGCAGUAUAUCGUGGUCACCGUAUCGGAAGGUGCCAUGCGGGCUAGUGAGACUGUGUCAGAAGCCAGCCCCAGUUCCACGGCAAGCCAGACUGGUGUUCCCACCCAAGUGGUCCAGCAGGUGCAGGGCACCCAGCAGCGGCUGCUGGUCCAGGCAAGUGUGCAGGCCAAGCCAGGCCAUGUGUCCCCCCUGCAGCUUACCAACAUCCAGGUGCCACAGCAGGCUAUCCCCACACAGCACCUGGUGGUGCAGAGCCCAGCACUGGGCACUAAGAAUGGCCAGGUCUCCCUGACGGUGCACAGCGCCCAGCAGGUGCACUCUGCUCCUGAGAGGUCACCAGUGCAGGCCAACAACUCCACCAGCAAGACAACUGGGACUCCUGCGGCCACUNUGCAGCAACUACAGGUCCACAGCGUCCAGCAGAGUGUCCCUGUCACCCAAGAGAGGUCAGUAGUCCAGGCCACUCCACAGACCAAAGCUGGCCCGGUGCAGCAGCUGACUGUGCAGGGACUACAGCCAGUUCACGUUGCUCAAGAGGUACAGCAACUCCCUCAGGUGCCUGUCCCACAUGUGUACUCCAGCCAGGUGCAGUAUGUGGAAGGUGGUGACGCCAGCUACACAGCCAGCGCCAUCCGCCCUAGCACCUACCAGUACCCUGAGACACCUAUCUACACGCAGACGGCAGGCACCAGCUACUAUGAGGCUUCAGGCACAGCUGCCCAGGUCAACACGCCGGCUACUUCCCAGACGGUGGCCAGCAGCGGCUCAGUGCCCAUGUAUGUGUCCGGCAGCCCAAUUGUCGCCAGCUCAUCCAGCAGCGAGGCUGGGGCCAGCAACAGCAGUGUGGGCGCAGCGGGCAACGGGGGAGGCGGCAGCAGUGGCGGCGGCAGUGGCGGCAGUGGCGGCAGUGGAGCAGGCACCUACGUGAUCCAAGGCGGCUACAUGCUAGGCAAUGCCAGCCAGUCUUACUCCCACACCACCCGUGCCUCACCAGCCACAGUCCAGUGGCUCCUGGAUAAUUACGAGACCGCUGAGGGCGUGAGUCUGCCAAGGAGCACCCUCUACUGCCACUACCUGCUGCACUGCCAAGAGCAGAAGCUGGAGCCAGUUAAUGCCGCCUCUUUCGGCAAGCUCAUCCGCUCGGUAUUCAUGGGUCUGCGCACGCGCCGCCUGGGCACCAGGGGCAACUCUAAGUACCACUAUUAUGGCCUGCGGAUCAAAGCCAGCUCACCCCUGCUGCGGCUGAUGGAGGACCAGCAGCACAUGGCCAUGCGGGGNCAGCCCUUCUCCCAGAAACAGAGGCUCAAGCCCAUCCAGAAGAUGGAGGGCGUGGCCAACGGUGUUGCNGUGGGGCAGCAGAGCACAGGGCUGUCAGACAUCAGCGCCCAGNUGCAGCAGUACCAGCAGUUCCUGGAUGCCUCCAGGAGCCUGCCUGAUUUUGCUGAGCUGGACCUCCAGGGCAAAGUGCUGCCCGAGGGCAUCGGUCCUGGGGACAUCAAGGCCUUCCAGGUCCUGUACCGGGAGCACUGUGAGGCCAUCGUGGACGUCAUGGUAAACCUGCAGUUCANACUGGUAGAAACGCUGUGGAAGACCUUCUGGAGAUACAACCUUAGCCAGCCCAGUGAGGCUCCACCACUGGCCGUGCAUGAUGAGGCAGAGAAGCGGCUGCCCAGGGCCAGUCUGGUGCUCCUCUCCAAGUUCCAGCCUGUGCUCCAGUGGACCAAGCACUGUGACAACGUGCUGUACCAGGGCCUGGUGGAGAUCCUCAUCCCUGAUGUGCUUCGGCCCAUCCCCAGUGCCUUGACCCAAGCAAUCCGGAACUUUGCUAAGAGCCUGGAGAGCUGGCUCACCCAUGCCAUGGUGAACAUCCCUGAGGAGAUGCUGCGGGUGAAGGUGGCAGCAGCUGGCGCCUUCGCACAGACGCUACGGCGCUACACAUCACUCAACCACUUGGCGCAGGCAGCGCGGGCAGUGCUGCAGAACACUGCGCAGAUCAACCAGAUGCUAAGCGACCUCAAUCGCGUGGACUUCGCAAAUGUCCAGGAGCAGGCCUCGUGGGUGUGCCGCUGCGAGGACCGUGUGGUGCAGCGUUUGGAGCAGGACUUCAAGGUGACGCUGCAGCAGCAGAACUCACUGGAGCAAUGGGCAGCCUGGCUGGACGGCGUUGUGAGCCAGGUGCUCAAGCCCUACCAGGGCAGUUCCGGCUUCCCCAAGGCGGCCAAGCUCUUCCUCCUCAAGUGGUCCUUCUACAGCUCCAUGGUGAUCCGGGACCUGACCCUGCNCAGUGCUGCCAGCUUCGGCUCCUUCCACCUCAUCCGGCUGCUCUAUGACGAGUNCAUGUACUACCUGAUCGAGCACAGAGUGGCCCAGGCCAAGGGCGAGACCCCAAUCGCAGUCAUGGGAGAGUUUGCGAAUCUGGCCACCUCGCUGAAUCCCCUGGACCCUGACAAAGAUGAGGAAGAGGAGGAGGAAGAGGAGAGUGAGGAUGAGUUGCCACAAGACAUCUCGCUGGCGGCCGGCAGCGAGUCUCCCGCACUAGGCCCAGAAGCUCUGGAGCCACCAGCGAAACUGGCGCGGACUGACACUCGAGGCCUCUUUGUGCAGGCCCUGCCCUCCAGCUAAGCCUGAGACCUCCCUGCACCCCUCCACCUGCCCAGCCUGCUGCUGCCCCUUCAGGCCAGGGGCUGGUCCUUCAGUUUUUGUGCUUCACUGUUACCCUUCCAGCACAUGCCAGAGCUGGAGAGGGUCCCUCCCCCCUCUCCCCCUACAGGGAAGGCUAGGAGUCUCCCCUCAUGGGGCUGGUACAAUCAUGGGCGGGGCUGGGCAGAACCGAAGCUGCAAACCCUGACACAAAAGACGUGCCUUAAGGAACCUGCCUAGGUGUCCCUCUUUGCUGCCCCAGCUCACAGCCCUACCCCCCACCACUACCACCCCAGAGGGCAGCGAGCCAGCUCCUCCCCUGCGGAACUGUUAACUUAUCCUGCUCUCUGGCUUUGCACAGCCUGCUUGGGCAGACACAGGUGGGUAGCACCUUGGGACCCCCACCGUCAGCAGCAGUACCCCACUGCUCCCAUUUCUUGGUAUUAAGUGCAAUUAAAGCUGUGGGUGUUGCACCUUCUCCAGAGCUGGGUUCUCCUGGCCCCGCAGCCCAGAGAGGGGCAUAUUGUGAAGGGCCCCGGCCUCCAGCUUCCAAAGAGGAGCAUCUGGCUGGCUGCAGGGCCAGGUGCUCCAGACCCGAGGCCUCGCCCUGCGCCUUCCACCCCAUCAGCUUGUGACCGAAACCUGCUCCCAGAGAUGCUUCUCCUCUGUGCAGUGCCCCUGAUCCCUGUAACUAUUGUGAUUAGUGAGUGCCGCUUGAGCGGAGUCAGUAACUUGUUGGGUUUUUUUCCAACCAUCAUGGCCUUAUCCGUCCCCCGUUUUCUCAGUGUCUUCAAUCUGUGAUAGAUGUUUAUGGAGAAAAAGCAAAUCUGCCCUGUUGUAUAGAAAUCCCUAUUUUGUGUGCUCCGCGUGCUCCAGCUUUUGGGGUGGUCCUGCACACUCCCCAUGGGCCUCCCUUCCCAGUGCUCAAAGUAUCCACGNGCGUGGUAGUUUAGUGUGCUGUUUUCUACCUUUUGUAGUCUUUCUUAAAACAAUAAAUACUGCUGUGA